AUGACUACAACCACAGCCACCACGACGACGAUGACGCCCGUUGCGAAGACAGCGACGAUGGCCUCGCCGUUACAUUGUACAGAAAAUACAACACCUAACUCUUCUCUCGCAGGCCUCAUGCUUCCGAAUUAUGCCAUGAUUAACCGCGUUGGAGUGAAAAUCCCACCCUUUUGGCCGGCAGAUCCGGAGAUGUGGUUUGCUCAGGUGGAAACACAAUUCGCGCUCGCGGGAGUACUGUUAGACGAAACAAAGUUCAAUUACGUUGCCGGGAAUCUAGAUGCAAAAUUUGCAGCUGAAGUGCGCGACAUUUUAACCUCUGCACCUAGACCUGAACGAGCAUAUCAGAGACUAAAAACGGAACUCAUUAAUCGACUAAGUGCCUCGCAGGAUCAAAAGACACGCCGUUUGCUCGAGCAUGAGGAAAUAGGCGAUCGUACGCCAUCCCAGUUCCUCCGACACCUUCGCGGCCUUGCAGGUAACGUUUUUCCAGACGCUGUCCUGCGUCCACCCUGGCUAGGUCGGCUACCUGCGUCGAUGCAGGCUAUCCUGGCAACCCAGAACCAAGCCCAGCUUGAUAAGUUGGCACAGCUCGCCGAUGCCAUCGCAGAAGCAACGCCAAAGACCCGUGUUUCCGAGGUAUCUGCAAAUUUAGCACCUUUAGAAGCCAUGCUUCAGCAGCUCGCCCUCGUAACAACCAGAAUUUCCGAAGUGUCAGUGACGUUGUCAGAAGUAGCAUCGGGCUCAAGAGAUCGUGGCCGGUCUCCGUCUCGCGGCCGUUUCCGCGAUCGCAACAGAAGUCGAUCUCGUCGAAAUAAUGAAGACGGUGUUUGUUGGUAUCACGAAACUUUCGGAAGUGACGCCAAGAAGUGCAAUCUACCGUGUGCAUUUAAAUCGGGAAACGAACCGGGCCGGCACUGA